ACGAUUGCUUGCACGUAUACUCUACCACUGUCUGUCACAACACCAACACCAGAGCAACACAGCUCCUGCACAAGUUUCCCUAAAUUAUAACCCGUGGCAAAGAAUAGGCUCAAAAUUUACCAACAAAAUGGACAUCUCCUCGAUUCUUCAAGGCGGCUACCAACACCCUCUUUCGCGUUCAUGGCAGGGAAGACGUCAGCUCACAAAGUCCAUGUUCAUGUACCCCAUUUUUAUCACCGAUGAUCCCAAUGCCAGCGUUAUCAUACCCACCCUCCCAGGCCAAAGACGUUGGGGCGUGAACAAGCUCGAAGAGUUUCUGACUCCCCUCGUCCAAAAAGGUCUCAAGAGUGUCAUUCUCUUCGGAGUACCCUUGAACUGUGAAAAGGACGAACGAGGCACUCCAGCAGAUGAUCAAAACGGUCCCGUGAUACUAGCCAUAAAAAAACUUCGUUCUCUCUUCCCUUCUCUGUACAUCGCCUGUGAUGUCUGCCUCUGCGAAUACACGUCUCACGGCCACUGUGGGGUUCUCUUCGCAGAUGGUACUAUCGAUACGGAACCUUCUGUUGACCGCAUCGCAGAUGUUGCAGUGAGCUAUGCCGUUGCCGGCGCGCACUGCGUCGCUCCGAGCGAUAUGAUGGACGGCCGCAUCAAAGCCAUAAAGAGAAAGCUGAUCGAUGAAGGGUAUGGUAAUAAAUGUACUCUCAUGAGCUAUUCUGCAAAGUUCGCAAGUUCUCUUUACGGCCCUUUCAGAGACGCUGCUGGAAGUGCACCAUCCUUCGGUGACCGUAAAUGCUACCAGCUUCCACCCUCAGCAAAAGGCCUAGCCAGGCGUGCUAUCCAACGUGACACCGCUGAAGGUGCCGAUAUCAUCAUGGUCAAGCCUGCUAUGCCCUAUCUCGACAUCAUCGCCGAUGCUGCACAGCUCGCACCUGACCAUCCCCUCGCUUGCUAUCAAGUUAGCGGCGAAUUCGCCAUGGUGCACGCGGGGGCGGCUGCUGGUGUGUAUGAAUUGAAGACAAUGGCCUUCGAAUCCGUCGAAAGCAUGGUCAGAGCCGGCGCUACGCUGAUUUUGUCCUACUUCACUCCGGAUUUCUUGGAUUGGCUAGAAGCAUGAAAUAUAAUGAAAAAGAAACGGGGUUAUUUGUGGCACAAUGGGAAAUAGAUAAUGUAGAACACCAAUAAAACAACGUUGAUAUCCAGCAUGACUUGCCAAAACCGUGAUCAUAAUGCAGUUUUUUUUGAUGAAGAAGCCAUUCGAAACCAAAUUUUACUCUUUCUAGACCUCGCCGUCGACUAAUUCGACGACUACAUCGAUUCUUCUAGAAGUGAAUGCUUUGCCCAUACUUGCGCAUACCAAAGUGGAAGGGGUAUAUCAUCCCUUUAUGUCAAGAUGAAACGCUGGCCUAUUGAAUGAAUCCCGAAACCUGCAUAGCGCCGGUGACCGUACAGCAUAUUUGUUCGUUAAAUCAGGACUCGAUCCGGGCCUGUGCUCAAUUAAACAGUAUAGGCCUACAUUCUAAACAUGUCGUUAAUACAGCCGAGAUCAUGGGGAUUGAGAAUUUAUAUGUCGAAAUCCCCAACCCCUGUAAAUG